CUCCGGGCGAGGGGCGGGGGGAGAGAAAGUGGCAGCAGCGCCCCCCAAGCCUUCGGUGUGGAGCUCUGGCCUGCAGCAGCCGGGCGGCGCGGUACGGCUGCAGCGCCGGGGAGUCCCGGAGCUCCCGCAGGGCCGCACAAAGUUUGCAGCCAGCAGCCCUGCGCGGCCGGCCGAGCUCCCUGAGCGCUGCAGUGGCCCGGCCCGGCGCGUUCGCGGCGACCCCCUCGGCCGACAGCACGGCGACAGACGGGGGGCGUGCCGAGAGAACUUUGAAAAGCUGCUGAGGGGGAACCUGCGCCUGCAGUCUCGCCAGGCGGGGACCUCUGGAGGAACUGGUCUAGCCCGAGGGAAUGCUGCGAGAUCCCAGCAGCCGCUGACCCGCAACUUUCCAGCUAGACUUGGCGGCGGGCUGAGCUUUGCCUGGUUCUCGCAGGCUCGGCGCACGGCGGGGGCUGAUCGGCUGGCUGGAGAGCGGGGUGAGCCUCGGGGCUGAGUGUUGCCCUCGGCUGGCUGCAUCCUUCUCGGGUCCAUCCCCCAAGCUCGGCUCCCUCCGCCGCGUUUCCCCGCUGUCUGCGCCCGAGUCCCGGCUCCCGGCGCCGCAGCCUGGGCUUUGGCCGAGAGCAGGUUCUUGGAUGCUGAAGGCUGAGCUCCUCCUGCGAGAGUGCCGCGGCGGCGAUGAGUGUCCUCAAAGCGUGGCUCGGGGUGGCCCUGGCGCUGGCGGCAGUUGCAGUAUUGCCUCACUGCGAAGGUGCUUGUCUCUAUCAGGGCUCCUUGUUGGCGGAUGCCACAAUUUGGAAGCCUGAUUCAUGCCAGAACUGCCGUUGCCAUGGUGAUAUUGUGAUCUGCAAACCUGUUGUUUGCAAGAACCCUCAGUGUGCCUUUGCGAAGGGAGAAGUGCUGCAGACUGCCCCCAACCAGUGCUGCCCGAAGUGUGUACAGAGGAGUCCUGGCUCUUGCCACCACAAGGGAAAGAUCCAUGAGCACGGCACAGAAUGGGCCUCGGGCCCAUGCACCGUGUGCUCUUGCGCUCACGGAGAGGUGAGAUGCUCGCACCAACCAUGCUCCCCGUUAUCCUGUGGACCAAAGGAGCGGGAAUUCCUCGCUGAAGGAGGCUGCUGCCCCAUCUGUGUGGGAGCAGGGAAACCCUGUUCCUAUGAUGGACACGUGUAUCAGGAUGGAGAGGAGUGGCGACUGAGCCACUGUGCCAAGUGUGUGUGCAGAAAUGGGCUCACCCAGUGCUUCACGGCACACUGUCAACCUCUGUUUUGUAACCAGGAUGAAACUGUCGUUCGAGUCCCUGGAAAAUGCUGUCCUCAGUGCUCGGCGCGAUCCUGUUCUGUGGCUGGCCAAGUGUACGAGCAUGGUGAACAGUGGAAUGAAGAUGCCUGUACCAUGUGUUUGUGUGACCAGGGAGAGGUCAGGUGUCACAAACAGGCCUGCCCUCCACUGAAAUGCGAAAAGGGUCAAAGCAGAGCCCGGCAUCAUGGUCAGUGUUGUGAGGAAUGCCUGUCUCCGGCCACAACCUGCUCAUCCGGUGGGAUCCUGCGGUACCAGGAUGAAAUGUGGAAGGGCUCAGCCUGUGAGUUCUGCGUGUGUGACCAGGGCCAAGUGACCUGCCAGACGGGAGAGUGUGCCAAAGUGGCCUGUGCCCUGGGUGAAGAAUUAGUUCACUUAGAAGGAAAAUGCUGCCCAGAGUGUAUUCCAAGGAAGGGUUAUUGUGUUUAUGAACAGAAGGCAGAAACUAUGCCUUCAAAUGGAAGUGAAAUUAAGCAUAUUCCAGACGGGGAGAAGUGGCAAGAAGGCCCUUGCAAGGUCUGUGAAUGCCAGCAGGCUCAGGUCACUUGCUAUGAGCCAUCUUGCCCGCCAUGUCCAGUGGCCACCCUAGCCCUGGUGGUGAAGGGACAGUGCUGUCCAGACUGCACACCAAUUCAUUGCCACCCAGACUGCUUGACCUGCUCUCACUCUCCAGACCACUGUGACCUCUGCCGGGAUCCCACAAAGCUGCUGCAGAGUGGACGAUGUGUGCAUAGCUGUGGGCUGGGCUUUUACCAAGCAGGCAGUCUCUGUCUAGGCUGCCAGCCCCAGUGUUCCACAUGCACCAGCAGGCUGGAGUGCUCGUCUUGCCUGCCUCCGAUGCUGAUCCAGCAGGGACAGUGCGUGUCCACCUGUGGAGACGGCUUCUACCAGGAUCGCCACUCCUGUGCAGUGUGUCACGAGUCCUGUGCAGGUUGCUCGGGCCCCACAGAGAAGCACUGUGUGGCCUGCAGAGACCCCCUGCAAGUGCUAAGAGAUGGCAGCUGUGAGAACACCUGUGGCAAUGGCUUCUACAACAAGCGAGGGACCUGCAUGGCUUGUGACCAAUCCUGUAAGAGUUGUGGCCCCAGUAGUCCCAGAUGUCUUACCUGUACAGAGAAGACAGUGUUGUAUGACGGGAAAUGCAUUUCUGAGUGCCCUGAUGGAUACUAUGCUGAUACCACUGGAAGAUGCAAAGUGUGUCACGUCUCAUGUGCCAGCUGCUCUGGACCUGCAGCCUCUCACUGUACAGCCUGCAUCCGUCCCCGGGCUCUUCAUCAAGGUCACUGCCUGCCGAGCUGCGGAGAGGGUUUCUAUCCUAACCAUGGGGUCUGCGAAGCAUGCCAUGCUUCCUGCCACACGUGUGUGGGUCCAGAGCCUUCUCACUGUACGGAGUGUAAGAAGCCAGAGGCAGGCCUGCAGGUGCAGCGGCACUCAGGGGCAAAUGGCCCCUAUGGCGAGUGUGUGCCCCAGUGUGGAACCCACUUUUACUUGGAGAGCACUGGCCGAUGUGAAGCUUGCGACCCAUCCUGCCUCCUGUGUGCAGGGAAGACCCCUCACAGCUGCACGGUCUGCCGGCCUGCCCACGUGCUACUAGCUGGGCGCUGCCUCUCCCACUGUCCAGAGACCCACUUUGACCUGGAAGGUACCUGUACAGCGUGCCACCCAUCCUGCCGGCAGUGCCAGGGCCCUCUGGAGUCCGACUGCGUCUCCUGUCACCCCCACCUCACACUCACCAGUGGGCGCUGUACGAGCAGCUGCAAGGAAGAGCGCUUCCUGAACCUGGUCGGGUACUGUGCUGACUGCCAUCCCCUGUGCCAGCACUGUGUGGCUAACCUCCAUGACACAGGGAGUGUCUGCCUAAAGUGCCAGCAUGCCCGCCACCUGCUGCUCGGGGAUCACUGUGUUACUGACUGUCCUCCUGGACACUAUGCAGAGAGGGGCACUUGUCAAAGAUGUCAUUCUUCCUGCAGAAGCUGCCAGAGUGGAGGGCCUUUCUCCUGCUCCUCCUGUGACACUGGGCUGGUUCUGACCCACCUUGGCACCUGCAGCACCGCCUGCUUCCCCGGGCAUUACAUGGAUGAUAACCAAACUUGCCAGCCAUGCAACACGCAUUGCAGAAGCUGUGAUUCACAGGGCAGCUGUACCUCCUGCCGAGAUCCAAGCAAGGUCCUGCUCUUUGGAGAAUGCCAGUACGAGACCUGUGCCCCCCAGUACUAUCUUGACAUCUCUACCAAGACUUGCAGAGAGUGUGAUUGGAGUUGCAAUGCCUGUAGUGGGCCUCUUCGAACAGACUGCCUGCAAUGCAUGGAUGGCUAUGUUCUCCAAGACGGUGUGUGCAUGGAGCAGUGCUCACCAGAGUACUACCGAGACUCGGGCUUCUGUAAGCGCUGCAAGAGCCACUGUCUCGAGUGCCAAGGUCCCCAUGAGUGCACACGCUGUGAAGAGCCAUUUCUUCUCUUCCAAGCCCAGUGUGUCCAAGAAUGUGGGAGAGGAUACUUUGCAGAUCAUGCAAGACACCAAUGCAUAGUCUGUCCUCGGGGAUGCUUGCAAUGCAGCCACAGAGAUCGGUGUCACUUCUGUGGCCAUGGCUUUUUUCUGAAGAGCGGUGUUUGCAUGCCCACCUGUGUCCCCGGUUUCUCUGCCCACUCAUCUAACGAAAGCUGUGCUGACAAAAUGUACACACCAAGUCUGCACGUGAAUGGCUCCUUGACCCUUGGAAUCGGUUCAAUGAAGCCACUGGACUUUUCUCUCCUGAACAUCCAACACCAGGAUGGCAGAGUGGAAGACCUUCUGUUCCACGUUGUGAGCACACCCACCAAUGGUCAGCUGCUGCUCUCAAGGAAUGGCAAAGAGGUCCAGCUGGAAAAGGCUGGCCAUUUUAGCUGGACAGAUGUGAAUGACAGGAAAGUGCGCUUUGCCCACAGCAGAGAGAAGCUCAGGAAAGGCUACUUUUCCUUGAAAAUUAGCGACCAGCAAUUCUUCUCUGAGCCACAGCUGAUCAGCAUAGAAGCAUUUUCAACUCAGGCCCCAUAUGUGCUGAGAAAUGAGGUUCUCCACAUCAGCAAAGGAGAACAGGCAGCCAUCACUACCCAGCUGCUUGACAUCCGGGAUGAUGACAACCCACAGGAUGUGGUCAUGAAUGUCCUUGAUCCUCCACGUCAUGGCCAAUUGCUCCAAACACUUCCAGCCCCUGCAGCCCCUGCAGCUCCUGUCUAUGAGUUCCAUCUGGAUGAACUCUCCAGGGGCCUCCUCCUCUAUGCUCACGAUGGCUCAGACAGCACAUCUGAUGUUGUAGUCUUGCAGGUCAAUGAUGGACACUCCUUCCAAAAUAUACUGUUUCAUGUGAAGAAUGUGCCCAAGGAUGAUGGAGCUCUGCGGCUUGUGACUAACUCCAUGGUGUGGGUUCCAGAAGGGGGGAUGCUGAAGAUCACCAACCGAAUCUUGCAGGCUCAAGCUCCAGGUGUCAGAGCUGAGGAUAUCAUCUACAAGAUCACACACGACAAUCCCAAGUUUGGGGAGGUGGUCCUCCUGAUGAAUCUACCUGCAGACAGCCCUGCCAGCCCUGCUGAAGAAGGCCAGCACCUGCCUGAUGGAAGGAUGGCAACCCCCAGCAGCACCUUCACCCAGCAGGACAUUGAUGAUGGCAUCGUGUGGUACCGACACUUAGGAGCCCCAGCCCAGAGUGACUCCUUCCACUUCCAGGUGUCUAGUGCCACUGAUGCCCAGGCCCAUCUGGAAAGUCACACGUUCAACAUUGCGAUCUUACCUCAGGCGCCUGAGGCACCCAAACUCUCCCCGGGGACGUCUCUCCACAUGACCGCUCAGGAAAAUGGCCUAACUGUCAUUCAGCCUCACUCCUUAUCCUUCGUGAACUCAGAGAGUCCCAGUGGAAAGAUUAUAUACAAUAUCACCGUACCUCUGCAUCCAAAUCAAGGUGUCAUUGAGCACAGAGACCAGCCUCACUCUCCCAUCCGGUAUUUCACUCAGGAAGAUAUUAACCAGGGUAAAAUCCUGUAUCGCCCUCCAGCUGCAGCCCCCCACCUCCAGGAGAUCAUGGCCUACUCUUUUGUUGGUCUCCCAGAAUCAGUGAAAUUUUACUUCACAGUUUCUGAUGGACAGCACAUGAGUCCAGAGAUGGCCCUCACCAUUCAUUUACUUCACUCCGAUCGGCAACUACCAGGAUUUCAGGUCAGGGCUCCCCUGUUGGAGGUUAGACCUGGAGGCCGCACCUCUCUAGGCCUGCAGUUGGUCCUGAGAGAUGCUCAGAUGGUGCCAGAAGAGCUCUUCUUCCAGCUUCAGAAACCUCCACAGCAUGGCUCUCUCCUGAAAUCCACAGCAGAGUCCUCGGAGCCCAUGGCCGCAGGUGACACUUUCACAUAUGAAGAAGUUGAAAGAAAUGCUCUGCAGUACCUACAUGAUGGCUCCUCUGCCUGGGAGGACAGCAUGGAGAUCUCAGUCACAGAUGGCCUGACAGUGACAACAUCAGAAGUAAAAGUGGAGGUGUCCCCGUCAGAGAACCGAGGGCCUCAGCUGGCCCCUGGUUCCUCCCUGAGCAUGACUGUUGCUAGUCAACGGACAGCCGUAAUCACCAGGUCAAACCUUGCCUAUGUGGACGAUUCUUCCCCUGACCCAGAGAUCUGGAUUCAGUUACGUUCUCUGCCCAUGUAUGGUGUGCUCUUAAAGACCUCAGGACCUGAUGUGGAGGAGCUUUCAGAGGAUUUCAAUUUCACCAUGGAGGAUAUCAACAACAAGAACAUUAGAUACUCAGCCGGGUUUGAGACGGAAGAGCAUCUGGUUAUGGAUAGCUUCCACUUCUCUGUCUCAGACAUGGAUGACAACCGUGUGGACAACCAGGUCUUUACCGUCACCAUCACUCCUGCCAAGAGCCCACCGCACAUCAUUGCUUUUGCUGACCUUAUCACGGUUGAUGAGGGAGGAAGAGCUCCACUCUCCCUACACCAUUUCUUUGCUACUGGUGACCACGACAACCUUCAGGGCGAUGCUGUCAUUAAACUGAGUGCUCUGCCCAAGUACGGCUGCAUCGAGAACACAGGAACAGGGGAUCGCUUUGGCCCAGGAGCCACCAGUGGCCUAGAGGCGUCAUUCCCUGUUCAAGACGUCCUGGAGAACUACAUCUACUACUUUCAGAGUGUCCACGAAAGCAUCGAGCCGACCCGUGACGUGUUUAGUUUUUAUGUGAGUGAUGGAAACAGCCGCUCUGAAAUUUACAGCAUCAAUAUCACCAUCGAGAGAAAGAACGAUGAGCCUCCCAGGAUGACCUUGUGGCCCCUCAGAGUAUGGUUGAGCUCAGGAGCAGUGAUUAGCAAUUCUUCCUUGAGCCUGCAAGAUCUGGACACCCCAGAUAACGAGCUGAUUUUCGUAUUGAUGAAAACGCCUGACCAUGGUCACCUACUCCGGAGGCCCACUGCUUCUGACCCUCUAGAGAAUGGGACGGUUUUAGACCAAGGUUCCUCCUUCACCUACCAGGAUGUCCUGGCCGGACUGAUCGGGUUCUUACCUGGUGACGAUGACAUGGCAGUAGAUGAGUUUCGGUUCUCUCUCACUGAUGGCCUCCAUGUAGACACAGGGAGGAUGGAGAUCUACAUAGAACUGCCUGCAAGUGAGAACCCCCACUUGGUGAUCAACCAAGGACUUCAGGUCUUAGCAGGGUCUGUAGCACGCAUCACAGAGCAGCACUUGAAAGUGACAGAUGCUGAGUCAGGUGACCGUCAGCUUAUAUACAUCAUGAAGGAAGACCCUGGCACAGGAUACCUGCAGAUGGCAAAGCCUGACCACCCCGAGCAAAUCUCUGUUAGAGGCCCCAUCCACAGCUUCACCCAGGCAGACAUUAGCCAAGGGCAGAUAGAAUACAGCCAUGGGCCAGGAGAGCCUGUUGGGAGCUUUGCCUUCAAAUUUGAUGUGGUUGAUGGAGAAGGCAAUAAGUUGGCUGACCAGUCAUUCUCCAUCAGAGUUUCAGAAGCAGAGUCCCCACCGGUCAUCAUCACCAAUACAGGGCUGGUCUUGGACAAGAACUCGGUGAAGAAAAUCACUACUGUGCAGCUCUCAGCCACUGACCAGGAUAGUGAGCCUGCAGAACUCAUCUACAGAAUCACUUCCCAGCCCCAGCUGGGCCACCUGGAGCAUGUGGCAUCACCAGGUGUCCAGAUUGGUUCCUUUACUCAAGCUGACCUGAUUUCACAAAGUGUCCAGUAUGUCCAUUCUCGUAAGGCCGUGAAGCACUCAGAUGCCUUCAGCUUCGUGCUGUCUGAUGGCGUGCAUGAGGUAAUGCAGACCUUCCACAUCACUCUUCACCCUAUGGAUGACUCCCUGCCCCUGGUGCAGAACCGGGGCAUGCGUGUGCAAGAGGGCGUGAGGAAGACCAUCACAGAGUUUGAGCUGAAGGCAAUGGAUGCAGACACAGAGGCCCAGUCUAUCACAUUCACCAUUGUGCAGCCCCCACGCCAUGGCACCAUCCAGAGGAUGGCCAGGGGUCAGCCUUUCCAGCUCAUCUCCUCCUUCACUAUGGAAGACAUCUACCAGAACCGGAUCAGCUACAGCCACGAUGGCAGCAACUCCCUCAAAGACCAGUUUGCCUUCACCGUUUCUGAUGGGACCAACCCCUUCUUUAUCAUUGAGGACGGCGGGAAAGAGAUUAAGACUGCAGCACCUCAGCAGUUCCAUGUGGACAUCAUCCCAGUGGAUGAUGGCACCCCCAGAAUUGUCACCAACCUGGGUCUGCAGUGGCUGGAGUAUAUGGAUGGCAAGGCAACCAACCUGAUCACCAAGAAGGAACUGCUGACCAUGGACCCAGACACAGAGGACUCACAGCUUGUCUAUGAGAUCACCAUGGGCCCCAUGCACGGCUAUGUGGAGAACAAGCUGCAGCCAGGCAGAGCCACGGCUGCCUUCACCCAGGAGGAUGUGAACUUGGGGUUGAUUCGUUAUGUGUUGCAUGAGGAGAAGAUCCAGAAAGUAAUGGACAGUUUUCAGUUUCUGGUGAAAGACAGUAAACCCAAUGUGGUCAACGACAAUGUCUUCCAUAUCCAGUGGUCCCUCAUCAGCUUCAAAUAUACCAGCUAUAACAUCAGUGAGAAGGCGGGGUCUGUCAGCGUCACAGUGCAGAGGACUGGGAACCUGAACCAGUAUGCCAUCGUCCUGUGUCGCACCGAACAAGGCACAGCCAGCUCCAGCUCCAGGGUCAGCUCUCAUCCUGGACAGCAGGACUACGUGGAGUACGCUGGCCAGGUGCAGUUUGAUGAACGAGAGGACACCAAGUCCUGCACCAUCGUCAUCAAUGAUGACGACGUAUUUGAGAAUACUGAAAGUUUCACUGUGGAGCUCAGCAUGCCAGCCUAUGCCCUGCUAGGAGAGUUCACCCAGGCGAAGGUCAUUAUCAAUGACACCGAGGAUGAGCCCACACUGGAGUUUGAUAAGAAGAUCUACCGGGUCAACGAGAGCGCUGGGUUUCUGUUUGCACCUAUUGAAAGGAAAGGAGACCCGAGCAGCAUUGUGUCUGCCAUUUGCUACACAGUCCCGAAGUCAGCUAUGGGCAGUAGUCUCUAUGCUCUGGAAUCAGGUUCCGAUUUUAAGUCCAGAGGGAGAUCUGCUGAGAGUCGUGUGAUAUUCGGACCUGGUGUCACCAUGUCCACAUGUGACGUCAUGGUCAUUGAUGACAGCGAGUAUGAAGAGGAAGAGGAGUUUGAGAUUGCCCUGGCUGAUGCUUCUGACAAUGCCCGCCUUGGAAGACUGGCAAUGGCCAAGGUCCUCAUUAGUGGUCCCAAUGAUGCCUCCACUGUCUCCCUGGGCAACACAGCUUUCACCAUCAGUGAGGAUGCAGGCACAGUGAAGAUUCCAGUUAUCCGCCAUGGCACUGACCUUUCUACCUUCACCUCUGUGUGGUGUGCAACACGUCCCUCAGACCCAGCUUCUGCCACUCCAGGAGUUGACUAUGUCCCUAGCUCAAGGAAGGUGGAAUUUGGGCCAGGUAUCACUGAACAGUACUGCACCUUGACUAUCUUGGAUGACACGCAGUACCCAGUCAUUGAAGGACUGGAGACCUUUGUGGUUUUCCUCAGUUCAGCACAAGGAGCUGAACUGACCAAACCCUCUCAGGCUGUCAUUGCGAUUAAUGACACAUUCCAAGACGUUCCCAGCAUGCAGUUUGCCAAGGAUUUGCUUCUAGUGAAGGAGAAGGAGGGUGUCCUGCACGUUCCUAUCAUCCGGAGUGGGGACCUGAGCUAUGAGUCUUCAGUGAGGUGCUACACUCAGAGCCACUCAGCUCAGGUCAUGGAGGACUUUGAGGAAAGAAGAAAUACAGACUCUUCACGGAUUACAUUUCUGAAAGGGGAGAAGGCAAAGAACUGCACUGUCUACAUCCAUGAUGACUCCAUGUUUGAGCCUGAGGAGCAGUUUAGGGUCUACCUUGGCCAUCCUCUUGGAAACCACUGGAGUGGAGCCAGAGUCGGGAAGAACAGCAUGGCCACUGUCACCAUAUCCAAUGAUGAAGAUGCCCCUACAAUUGAGUUUGAAGAAGCCGCAUACCAAGUCCGGGAGCCCACAGGGCCAGAUGCCACGGCAGUGCUGAGCAUCAAGGUCAUCCGCCGAGGUGAUCAAAAUCGGACCUCCAAGAUCCGCUGCAGCACUCGGGAUGGCUCUGCCCAGUCUGGUGUAGACUAUUACCCCAAGAGCCGAGUCUUGAAAUUCAGUCCUGGUGUGGAUCACAUCUUCUUCAAAGUUGAGAUCCUGUCCAAUGAAGAUCGAGAAUGGCAUGAAUCCUUUUCUCUGGUCCUUGGCCCAGAUGAUCCAGUGGAAGCAGUGCUUGGGGACGUGACCACUGCUACUGUGACAAUUCUAGACCAAGAGGCAGCAGGAAGUCUCAUAUUGCCAGCACCGCCCAUUGUCGUCACCCUUGCUGACUAUGAUCAUGUGGAAGAGGUUGCAAAGGAAGGAAUCAAGAAAGCCCCAUCUCCAGGCUACCCGCUGGUCUGUGUCACCCCCUGCGACCCCCACUUCCCUAGGUAUGCUGUCAUGAAGGACCGCUGCAGGGAGGCUGGCGUCAACCAAACAUCAGUGCAGUUCAGCUGGGAAGUGGCCGCCCCCACUGAUGGCAACGGGGCUCGGUCUCCCUUUGAGACCAUCACCGAUAACACACCCUUCACCAGCGUCAACCACAAGGUCCUAGACAGCAUUUACUUCAGCCGGAGGUUCCAUGUGCGUUGUGUGGCAAAGGCGGUGGACAAGGUGGGCCAUGUAGGGACCCCCUUGAGGAGCAAUAUUGUUACCAUUGGAACAGACAGUGCCAUCUGCCACACCCCAGUGGUGGCUGGGACAGCGCGAGGCUUCCAGGCCCAGUCCUUCAUAGCAACCUUGAAAUACCUGGAUGUGAAACACAAAGAGCAUCCAAACAGAAUCCACAUUUCGGUGCAGAUCCCUCACCAGGACGGGAUGCUGCCCCUCAUCUCCACUAUGCCCUUGCACAACUUGCAUUUCCUGUUGUCCGAGUCCAUCUACAGACACCAGCACGUCUGCUCCAAUUUAGUCACCGUCCGUGACCUGCGAGGACUCUCGGAGGCAGGGUUCCUGGAUGAUGCAGGUUUCCACAGUAUGGCCCUGGGCCCUGGCUAUGACCGCCCCUUCCAGUUUGACCCGCGUGUCCGGGAGCCUAAGACCAUCCAGCUGUACAGACACCUGAACCUGAAGAGCUGUGUGUGGACUUUUGAUGCAUACUAUGACAUGACAGAGCUUAUCGAUGUGUGCGGCGGCUCCGUGACUGCUGACUUCCAGGUGAGGGACUCGGCUCAGUCCUUCUUGACAGUACACGUGCCGCUCUAUGUGUCCUACAUCUACGUGACAGCCCCCAGGGGCUGGGCCUCCCUGGAGCACCACACAGAGAUGGAGUUCUCUUUCUUCUAUGACACGGUUCUCUGGAGAACAGGGAUCCAGACAGACAGUGUGCUCUCUGCAAGGCUUCAGAUAAUAAGAAUCUACAUUAGAGAGGAUGGCCGUCUCGUCAUUGAAUUCAAGACCCAUGCCAAAUUCAGAGGCCAGUUCGUAAUGGAGCAUCACACUCUCCCAGAUGUGAAGUCUUUCAUAUUGACUCCAGACCACCUUGGAGGAAUUGAAUUUGACCUACAGCUCCUAUGGAGUGCUCAAACAUUUGAUUCUCCACAUCAACUCUGGAGAGCCACAAGCUCUUACAACAGAAAGGACUACUCGGGGGAAUACACCAUCUACCUGAUCCCUUGUACCGUGCAGCCCACACAGCCAUGGGUGGACCCAGGAGAGAAGUCUUUGGCCUGCACUGCACAUGCCCCAGAAAGGUUCCUGAUACCCAUUGCGUUCCAGCAGACCAACCGCCCUGUGCCGGUUGUGUAUUCUCUCAAUACUGAAUUUCAGCUCUGCAAUAAUGAAAAGGUGUUCCUGAUGGAUCCCAACACGUCUGACAUGUCACUGGCAGAAAUGGAUUACAAAGGAGCCUUUUCCAAAGGGCAGAUCCUUUAUGGCCGUGUCCUUUGGCAUCCAGAACAAAACCUUCAUUCUGCUUACAAACUGCAGCUGGAGAAAGUCUAUCUUUGUACUGGCAAGGAUGGCUACGUGCCUUUCUUCGAUCCUACUGGGACAAUCUACAAUGAAGGGCCACAGUACGGAUGCAUCCAGCCAAACAAACACCUGAAGCACAGAUUCCUGCUGCUGGAUCGCAGCCAGCCGGAGGUCACCGACAAGUACUUCCACGAUGUGCCUUUCGAGGCCCACUUUGCGUCUGAGUUGCCUGAUUUCCAGGUGGUCAGUAGCAUGCCAGGUGUGGAUGGAUUCACCCUCAAAGUAGAUGCCCUCUAUAAGGUGGAAGCAGGACACCAGUGGUAUCUCCAGGUGAUCUACAUCAUCGGCCCUGACAGCACCUCAAGGCCCCGGGUCCAGCGCUCUCUCACAGCCUCUCUGAGGCGCCACCAGAGGGACCUGGUGGACCCCAGGGGCUGGCUGUCUCUUGAUGACUCCCUCAUCUACGACAACGAAGGAGACCAAGUCAAGAAUGGCACCAACAUGAAGUCCCUGAACCUGGAGAUGCAGGAGCCCAUUGUCGCUGCAUCCCUGUCCCAGACUGGGGCGUCUAUUGGCAGUGCCCUGGCUGCCAUUAUGCUCCUCCUUCUGCUGUUCCUGGUGGCCUGUUUCGUCACCAGAAAGUGCCAGAAGCAGAAGAAGAAACAGCCCCCCGAGGACACUCUGGAGGAAUACCCCCUGAAUACCAAGGUGGAUGUAGCCAAGAGAAGCACAGACAAGGUGGAGAAGAACGUCAGCAGACAGUACUGUACCGUGCGCAAUGUCAACAUACUGAGUGACGGCGAAGGGUCUUACACAUUCAAAGGUGCUAAAGUAAAAAAAGUCAAUCUGGAAGUCAGAGUCCACAACAAUUUACAAGAUGGAACGGAAGUUUAAUGAGAAGACCCAUGUAUAUUUUUUUUUUCUAAACUCAUUUUUAUAAAACUGGGAGAAAUACUGGUAUUUUUAUAAUCUUUCAGAUUUAAAAAAAAAAAGGGAAAACUAGCUUUGAGUGGUGGAUAGCACACAUCGCAUGCAUAAAACUCACAACUGAGCUACCUCAUGAAAUAGAACCACUGAGACCCCCAGAGUAUCAUAGUAGAGUUAUGCCUACAGGUCCCUGUCACAGUCUCUGUGGCUGCACAGAGCGACUCUUGUCAGGCUGACCACAGAGGUGCUUUAGAAUUAGGGCAGACACUGGACAAUUAGCUUUGCUGAUAGAAUUGAGAGAGUGGGUGCAGUGUGGGUAGUGGAUAUCUGAGAGUACAGAGCCAUUGGUUUCCUCCUUCGCCCGAGCUUUCCACUGUGUGGGCUUUUCUGGACUUGUAGGCAGCAGAAUGCAGGCUGCUGACACAGAUUCCAUUAAAAAUUCUAAUUGGCACAACUCAGACAUUUGUGCAUUGUUUCCACUCCAUGGCCUGUGCACCUUGGCCUCUACGUACACUUGGCUUUCCUAGGGCUCUUUUUGAAUGGGGAUCUCAACAUGCUUUAGACUGGACUACAUGUCUGUAUGUACUUAAAAGCCAGGAGAACUCAAGUCGGGGCACUGAAGAGUGCUGCAAAGUUCCGGUCUUUGCCUGCCAGAGAUCCUUAAAGAUCAGCCACACUUGCCCACUUCCCAGGCCUUCUAUGGUGCAGCAAUGCAAUAGGAGCCCGUGGGCUUUGGGUUUUUAAUCUUGUUAGUGUUUCUGGAGAGUAAGUGAAUCACUUGAAUGAGCACAUUUACCAGAAGUUGGAGUAAAACCAGAGUUUACAGGUACACACGGGGCCUGUUUUCUGGGUGUCACACAGCAGAUAGAAGCAUCGUCCCUGGCACAGUAGUUCAGGGACUUCUCUCUGGGGGUUCUUUUCUGGUAGCUCAGGCACUUAAUUUCCCCCACAUCAGUACAUGACAAGGCCACAUUUUUGUGGCUUUUACACAGCAUAGUGUUCAAAUAUCAACUCGAAUAUUCUGUGUGGUGUGCACACAACUUGCCUUUGCUUUAUUUUCAUUUCUAUUUUUUUGGCAAAACAUUAGGGGUACACAUUGUGUUUUUAACCAGAGGUACAAUUCCAUUAGGCAGAAGUGAAUGUUGUUCCGGUGCAUGGCACAUCCUAUGAUUGAGCAAAUAACAUAGCAUCCGCGUUGUGUAGCAUUUGUAUGGAAAUGACCCACACUCUUUGAGAACAUUCCAAACUCCUACUAAAAUCCAGAGUGAGCCGCAAAAAGCUCACAGGCCACUCUGCCGACCCCAGGCUUGAGCACAGAGCCUGUGUGAGCCACACCUUCUCAUUCUUCAGCAGUGCCUUGCACAUUACCACAUGCCAGACAUGUUUGUUGAGUGAACAAAUGGACGGUGCUGUGGUGACUGAUAGGAAGUGAAUUUAAGAAGCCAGGCUGAGAAAGUAUGCCAGCAGUACAGCAGGGAGUGUAGAAGUGAAACAGUCCUCCAACUGGGAGGAAGAACAAGGCAUACUUUUAGGUGGGCGUGUGACUGGUGGUGGUCCUGAGGAGGCAGGAAGAGAAAACACUGCAAUGAUGCAUAAGCUGUGUAUUGGCAUCUAGAACAGAUUUGGGGGAGAGCCGAUUUCACGUUCUGAGAGCAGUGCAGUGUGUUCAGGAGAGGGUGUGUUGGAUUGAGCCCAGAAAUUUCUGGCUGCUCAGGUGCUGCUGCAGACCAGUUUGCAUAAUUCAGGGCAGAAAUUCUGAAACAGCGCCAGAGCAAGGAGAGGGAGCCCGCCCUCUGCGGAGCAGCCUCCCAUUCCCACUUGGCCCGUUACUGGUCACACCUCCCGGUGCCAGGGUGUUCACACUUUAGCUCCGCAGAUUCCCACAGGCUCCCAUGAGCUGCUUACACACACCUUCCUUUACAGUCAGUGGGACACGGACAUGGGAGGAGACGGCAGAAAGCCCAGUGUGGGAAGGGAGACUGAACCCAGAGGCUUUCAUGCACAAGGCGGGGAGUGACAGGGACAUCAGCCUGUGCAGACCUGGACAUGAAGAACUCUGAAAGGAAAGCCCCUGAUAAUAGCGUCACCUCCCUGCCUCCCUGCCUCCCUCCUCCCUGCCUCCCUGCCUCC